GGACAACUUUGUGAACGAAAAGCAGUGUUGAAAUUACAAACCUGCUCUUGUUGCGAUUACGAUUGAGAAGCAAGAGGUGAAAGUUCUCAAAAUGUAACAAGUUCAGAGCAUUCCCUCCGUUGUAAAACUCAAUGUUGGCGGUCAUUUCUUCACAACAAGUCUUCAAACGCUGACCAAAUCCAAGAUCAAGGCUCAAGGUUGACCGCCAUUUUGUUGUCAAAGUCUGCGAUAAAACCUUACGAAGACGGCGCCUUCUUCAUCGACCGAGAUGGAACUCACUUUCGGUUUAAACUUCGCACUGGGAAAUUCCAGGUGACUCUAUCGUAUCUCCGUAUUGGACAAUUGAUGGAACCAAAUAAUAUAUUUCUUAAUCAAGUAAUCAAGAGGUGGCAGUAGAAGCUAGGUCUAAUAAAAUUACCAAAAUGGUAGAGAUGGUUAACAAGCAGUUGCUUUCUUUUAGAAUGCAAAUCCGUCCGUGAAUUUCGAGUCUAUCCUAGAUCAGUUAAGAUCCGUGGAUCAUCGUCGCUUGUAACGGUAUGAAUACACUUCCGUUAUCAGCCAAAUAACUGUAAUUGAACUAAGUGGCGUGCAUGAUUUUUAGUGCCAUAUGAGAUGAAUAAGCACGAGUAAAUUUUGGAAAGGCUGACCAAAUUGCAAGAGCCCGUAGGGUGAGUGCAAUUUGUAAUCUUUUAAAAAUUUACGAGGGUUAAUUUAUUCCAAAUCGCACAGAUAACUUAUGAAUUUACUUAACAAUGAUAAAAAUGCAAAAAAAUCGAUUAGGUUUUCCUGUUUAGACGUGUUUACUUUGUUUCAUGGCUCACUGGUGCAGCCGCUUGCGUUUGUCUUGUCGUCAGACUUAUUCCUUGAAAAACUUGCUCAAAGUCCGUUUUCAUCAUCUGAGGCUAAAUUUUAAUUGACCUGAGAACUGCAGCCGGGAGACUCGCUUUACACUAUAAAAUGCAGGAUGGCGUUAGCAGGAAACAUGGAGUACCAAAUGAGGAAAACGUAAAUCACAUAUUUUCGACAAUAAAACUUAAUAUUGGCGGUCAUUACUUCACAACAAGUCGUCAAACACUAACAAAGGAUCCGGAGUCCGAGUUGGCCGCCAUCUUUUCAUCCAGGUCUAAGUUUAUAGAAUGCGAAGACGGCGCUUUCUUUAUCGACCGAGAUGGAACCCACUUCCGGUUUAUACUUAAUUAUCUUCGCACUGGGAAAAGUGUCCUACCAGAAGGAGCAACAGCCCUCAGCCAACUGCUGGAGGAAGCUAAAUUUUACCAGAUCAAGGAGUUAUUAGACGAAUUAAAUUUGGUGGCGUCAAAGACAGAAGGAAGGGUUAGAAUAAAUGUCGGUGGUCAUUACUUCACCACAACUCGUCAAACACUGACCAAAGAUCCAAACUCAAUGCUGGGCGUCAUGUUCUCAGGGAAAUUUGACAUGAAACCUGCUGAAGACGGCGCUUUCUUUAUCGACCGAGAUGGAACUCACUUUCGAUUCAUACUCAAUUAUCUCCGGACUGGGAAAUUAACUUUUCCUGAGGGAGAAAAAGCCUUCAAAGAACUACAGGAGGAGGCUGAAUAUUAUCAGAUAAAAGGAAUACUUGAUGAAUUAGAGUUUAACUCCGAAAUUAUAACAAACGACAACCACCGAAGCUUGUUGUUAAGGUGGCUGCCCCCUCAAGAUACACAGGAGAGGCGAAGGCGCCUUCGUCUGCUGUUCCGCGCUUCUCAAGAUGGCUUUAUGGCGAAAACAUUUCACUCCAAGUGCGACAAUAAAGGGCCCACGGUCACUAUUGUUCAGAGUGGAAAAUAUAUUUUUGGUGGAUUCACUGAAGAGUCGUGGGGCAGCCAAGGAGAUUACACGAGAUGUACAGAAGCAUUCUUGUUCAGCAUGGUCAGCCCAAGUGGCUCAGAACCGACUAAAAUGCCACUUAAGCGAGAAAGUCAGUACGCCAUUUGCUGCAGAAGUGACUAUGGACCAACGUUCGGGUUGGGAAGGGAUGGGCAUGACCUGCACAUCUCAGGCAAUGCAAACAUAUCUGCUUCAAGUUCAGUUUGUCUCGGUGAAACUUACAAUAACCCAACUUAUAAUGACCCGGAAUCCAAGGCUGAUUUGUUCUUCACUGGGAAAACUCAUUUUCAUGUGACCAAUUACGAAGUUCUUGAACUUGUGAACUGA